CUAUUGCUCAACGAACUUGCUGAAUCCACGGUGACAACCUUCAAGAAGUCUGUCCCAUCGCUCGUACCGGCUGUUAAAGAGACAACGCCUCCCAAGUGUUCUACUCGCUAUGUGCGAAACUCUCUUCAUUUGACUGAAGAUUGGAACAAAAAACCAUUUGGAGAUUUAUUCUCAGCAUCUUCGCCGUCAUCUUCCAGUGACACAAGUGAUUGUUUC